AUGGCUGCGAAAAGUCGUCCUGGCGCCCUCCAGACCUGGCUUCAGCCACCGACCAACGCCGGGCCGGCCACAGGCAAGCGCAAAUGGGCGGCUGAUGAAGCCACGGCAGAAGCUGCUCCGGCACCAAAGUCGGCGGGCUCCAAGUCCACCACCACAUCUACCACAAAGUCAACCUCGAAAUCGAAGGACUCCGCCAAAGAAGCAAAGAAGCUUUUCAACGACAAGCUGAAGGACGUAGAAAAGCGCCACCUAGACCUCGACAAGAAGGUCAAAGCCAUGUCGCCCAACAGCCGUGCCAUAACCGUCGACAACUACGCGGUCUCGGCCGCCAAACACGCUGGGGUUGUUGCCAAAUUGCUUGGCAUGGGCUCUCCAGUGCAUGCAUUCAACUUCGCCAUGGCCCUCGCAGACUCAAGCCACCGCAAUAUCACUACCUCCAAGAUGUCUGCCUUGCUGGCUGCCAUUGAGGCAAGAGAGAAGCCUGGUUCCGAAGCGUGGCUGAACGAGGAAGCUCUCUCGAAAGUACCUCACCGUUUCACGGAGAAGGAUGCCGACGUGGGCGAAUAUAAGACUGGACAGCCGAAUAAGCAGCAGCGCAAUCAAAUUCAGAAUCAAUUCAUUAUCUGGGAGAAGGGACGACGGGCAGCGAGGCGUGAAAGGCGGGAACAGUGUCUCGACUGGGUGCGGUGCUCGCUGGAUGAUCUGGUCGCUGACAGGGAUUAUUUGAAGGACUAUGGCGUUGGCGAGGACUUCAGCAGGGGCAGGGAUGAAGAGGAACGCAACUCUUAUUUCUUUCUGAGCAUCAAACGACUGGAGGAGAUGAUUGCUGAAAGAAGCGCUUAA